AUGAUGACGGAGUUGGGGGAGGUGUUGAAGGGGUGGCAGGCUGAGGAGAGUAAAGAUAAAAAGGAGGUGGUGUUUUCGAAGCUGUAUUCGGAUAUUGGGAGGGGGUUUUAUGGGAGGCAUGGGUGGAUGCCGUUUCCUAGUGGGCAUGUGGAGUUUCCCGCCGCUGAUGGGGAAGAGGGUGCAGGGAAGGGAGUGAAGAGGCUGGGGACGGCGGAUUUGGAGGCGUUGUGUGAGGCGGAUGAGGGGAUGUUGAGGGCGCUGAUGGAGAGGCCGAGGGGGGAUGGGAAGACGAGAGUUGCGAUACCCCCGGACGCGGAGCAUUUCGCCUGGCAUCGCGCGAGAGAGGAGUUUGUGACACAGGCGCUGUUUGGGCGUGUGCCUGAGAUCCGCGGGGCUUUGGUUGGGGAUGUCGGGAGUAGGGUGUGGGCGGUGUGGACGAGGGGGUUCUAUGGGAAGAAGGGCGAGACGAAGAAGAAUACGCUUUAUAUCCUGCGUCUUGUUGUCGAGGAGGAGAUGAAAGGUGGGAAGGCGGAUGAGGGUGUGUUGGUGAGGCAGUUGGCGGAUGUUGUUGGUGUUGCGAGGGGAGAGGCGAGGGAGUGGGGGUGCGGGAGGGUGGAGGUGUGGAAUCCGAGUGCCACUGUUGGUGGUGCGCUUGAGAAGGUUGGGGGGACGAAGGUGGAGCGCGAGAAGGAGGGGAUUGCGAGUGUGAUGUGGUAUGGGAAGGAGGGAGAGGAGGUUGAGUGGCUCGCGAACGAGAAGUAUGCUUGGUGCUGA